CCUUCCUCCCCAACCCGGCCCACCGAGCCGGCCACCACCCGCCUCGAUCCCCUUCUCCCUCCUCGCGCCGUUCGACCGCCGCUGCCCAAGCCGUUCGUCCUGCUGCUUCCGCCGCAUCCAUCCUGGUGAGUGAGCACACCCUCCGCCACCGCCGCCUGCACCGAUCCCCAUCCAAACGCGCGAGCGAGCGAGGCGAGCAGUGUCGCCGUCGUUCGUCCUGCUGCUUCCGCCGCAUCACAUCGACCAGUUGUAGGAUGGAUAUUUUGUACCAAUGUAAGGAGUUCUUAAAGAUCCAGAAGUUCCGGCGUACGGCGUCCUAUGCUGGAUUCUACUGCUUCACUGCCCUAAUGACCUAUGCUUACACGAGCAAUACGACAAGGGCUGGCAUUUCUAGGGGCGACCAAUUUUAUGCCUCAUAUCCCGCUGGUACGGAGCUACUAACUGACACUGCAAAGCUUUACAAGGCUGCAUUAGGUAAUUGUUUCGAAAUAGAUGACUGGGGUCCAAUAGAGUUCUCUAUCAUGGCAAAACAUUUUGAUCGGCAAGGCAAACCACCAUAUGCGUAUCAUGCACAAUACAUGGCACACCUUCUCUCCCAUGGGCAGCUCGAUGGAAGUGGAUAACUGCACGAUGUGCUUAAACUUCCGGUUUGUCUUGUGAUGAGAUCUGGUGUAAACUGUAGCCCGUAAGUUAUGGUAGCGUAUUGUUGGUUUCAUCAUGACAAUUAAAUUUUACUAAGAUGUUGUACAAAAGAGCUGCCUUGGUACGCUGUGAGUUCAGAUGGCUCACGACAGUGAAUCGCAGUGUUGAAAGCAUAAAUAGAUUCUGGAUUUUCAAGCUAUGAGCCUAUGAACCACUGCAUUAUGAACUUAUUACUAGUGUCAUUAAUCCAAAUGGUUCCUGAAAGAAAUCAUGACGUAUCCUUUUCGGGAAUACAAAGAAAUGAUUAUGUCUGUUGAAGCAUUAA